GUCAGUGUUAUGGUAGGCCCGAGUGGGGAAUGAUUCAGCGAGAUAUUCUGCGUUUCUUAGCUAACCAAGCAAACCAACGCAUGCACGAGCAUCUCAUCAGUCGCCACCGCGCGCGCCUCGCCGGCCACAGUUCAUCGAGACGAAGCGCUUGCUGAAGAUGUGUGAUAAUAUACGCUACGGUUUUGCACAUGAAAAAUGCCGUUAAGUUGGAAUUGCCAAAUCAUAUACCGAAUCGAGUGUAGAAAUUAGUGACCAUGAAGGUUGACAGAAGCAAAUUGAAGAAAACCCCCACUGAAGCGCCUGCCGACUGCAGGACUCUCAUAGAGAAGCUGAAAGGAUGCAGCGAUGAACAGCUGUUGCUGGAACUGCAGCAAAUCAAGACCUGGAACAUUGGCAAGUGUGAGUUGUAUCAUUGGGUAGACCUGCUGGACCGUUUCGAUGGCAUCCUCUGUGAUGCAGGGCAGACAGUGGAAAACAUGUCGUGGUUGUUGGUGUGCGACCGACCAGAGAAUGGGCAGCUAAAAGCCUUAUUGCUGGCGGUGCUCAACUUCACUGCACUGUUAAUCGAAUACAGUUUUUCAAGACACCUGUACAGCUCUAUAGAGCACUUGACCACCCUUUUAGCGUCAUGUGACAUGCAGGUGGUUCUGUCUGUGCUGAAUCUCCUGUAUGUGUUCAGCAAACGUUCCAAUUACAUCACCAGACUGGGCUCAGAUAAGAGGAGCCCACUGCUCGCCCGUCUUCAACAUCUGGCUGAGAGCUGGGGUGGGAAAGAGAAUGGCUUUGGUCUUGCGGAGUGUUGCAGAGAUCUGCCGAUGUCGAAAUAUCCACCGAGUGCCACCACAUUGCACUUUGAGUUCUAUGCAGAACCCAGCUCUGAGGUCAAAGUGGAGAAAAAGUCGAGCAGUAAUACGCUACACUACAUUCAUAUCGAACAACUUGAUAAGAUUUCCGAGAGCCCCUCAGAGAUCAUGGAAUCUCUGACAGCUAUGUACAACAUCCCUAAAGACAAACAAAUAUUGCUUUUCACACACAUUCGCCUGGCUCAUGGCUUCUCUAACCACAAGAGGAGACUGCAGGCUGUGCAAGCCAGACUGCAUGCCAUCUCCAUACUCGUGUACUCAAAUGCCCUCCAGGAGUCAGCCAAUAGCAUACUCUACAAUGGGCUUAUAGAGGAGCUAGUGGAUGUACUUCAAAUCACAGACAAACAGUUGGUGGACAUUAAGGCCGCCUCUUUGCGCACGUUGACAUCCAUAGUUCACCUGGAGCGCACUCCCAAACUCUCCAACAUUAUCGACUGCACAGGAACAGCCUCCUAUCAUGGAUUUCUGCCUGUGCUUGUCCGCAACUGCAUCCAGGCCAUGAUUGACCCACUUAUGGAGCCGUACCCCCACCAAUUUGCCACAGCCCUCUUCUCCUUUCUCUACCACCUGGCUAGUUAUGAUGCAGGCGGAGAGGCCCUAGUAUCUUGUGGUAUGAUGGAGGCAUUGCUAAAGGUGAUCAAGUUCCUUGGGGACGAGCAGGACCAGAUUACCUUUGUGACGCGGGCAGUAAGAGUUGUGGAUCUCAUCACCAAUCUAGACAUGGCUGCUUUUCAGUCCCACGGCGGCCUCUCAAUCUUUAUCUGCAGGCUGGAGCAUGAGGUUGACCUCUCCAGGAAAGAGUGCCCUUUUGUAAUCAAACCAAAGAUCCAGAGGCCCAGCACAGCUACUGAGACAGAGGACAUGGACACAGAUAUGGACAUGUCAGAGGUAGCCAUGGAGAGCAGUCCUGGCCCAUCCACUUCUUCUGGUUCCAGGGCAGAGACAGAUUCGCGAGCACAGAGCAGUGCAGUCAGCACUCCCAGAGCAGGAGUGCAGUGCAUUCCUCAGAGGGCUGCUCUGUUGAAAUCUAUGUUGAACUUCUUGAAAAAAGCCAUUCAGGACCCUGCAUUUUCUGACGGCAUUCGUCAUGUAAUGGAUGGGUCCCUUCCUACCUCUCUGAAACACAUCAUCAGUAAUGCAGAGUAUUACGGACCCUCACUGUUUCUCCUGGCGACAGAGGUGGUGACCGUUUUCGUGUUCCAGGAGCCCUCUCUACUGUCAUCUCUGCAGGACAAUGGUCUCACCGAUGUCAUGCUACAUGCACUGCUCAUCAAAGAUGUCCCUGCUACCAGAGAGGUGCUGGGUUCCCUGCCGAACGUCUUCAGCGCCCUGUGCCUGAAUGCCCGUGGUCUGCACUCAUUUGUGCAAUGCCAACCCUUUGAGCGGCUGUUCAAGGUGCUGCUCUCGCCAGACUACCUACCAGCCAUGCGCCGUCGACGCAGCUCUGACCCACUAGGUGACACCGCUUCUAACUUGGGUAGUGCAGUUGACGAGCUAAUGCGGCACCAGCCCACACUUAAAACAGAUGCUACAACAGCCAUCAUCAAGUUGCUAGAGGAGAUCUGCAACUUAGGCCGAUCGCCAGAAUACAUCUGCCAGAAACCUUCCAUACAGAAAGCAGAUGGGACCGUCACGGUGCCUCCAGCUCGCUCGAACCAUGCUGCAGAGGAGGCAUCUAGUGAGGAUGAGGAGGAAGAAGAGGCUCUACAUACCUUUAGCCAACAGCAGGGGGAGCCAGAAAGCAACAGGCAAGUGGUGGGAACAGAGGAGCGAAUCCCCAUUCCUCUUAUGGAUUACAUUCUCAAUGUGAUGAAAUUUGUGGAGUCCAUUCUUAGUAACAACACAACAGAUGACCACUGUCAGGAAUUUGUCAAUCAGAAAGGACUCCUGCCACUGGUGUCAAUCCUUGGGCUGCCCAACCUGCCCAUUGACUUCCCCACCUCUGCUGCCUGCCAAGCUGUGGCAGGAGUCUGUAAAUCUAUACUGACUUUGUCCCAUGAGCCGAAAGUUCUCCAGGAGGGUCUGUGUCAGUUGGACAGCAUACUGUCUGCUCUGGAGCCUCUUCAUCGACCUAUCGAGGUUCCUGGUGGCUCUGUGCUGCUCAGAGAGCUGGCCAACGCAGGCCAUGUUACAGACGCCACACUGUCGGCACGUGCCACCCCGCUGCUGCACGCCCUGACGGCUGCACAUGCCUACAUCCUCAUGUUUGUUCAUACCUGCAGAGUUGGACAGAGUGAGAUCCGUGCUAUCUCAGUGAAUCAGUGGGGAUCUCAACUGGGUCUGAGUGUUCUGAACAAACUGAGUCAGCUCUACUGCUCUCUGGUGUGGGAGAGCACUGUGCUGCUGUCCCUCUGUACACCAAACAGUUUGCCUCCUGGCUGUGAGUUUGGUCAGGCCGACAUGCAGAAACUUGUGCCUAAAGAGGAUAAACCCUCCGGCAGCACAGCAGCUGCAGGAAGGAGAACUGCUGAGACUGAGACCCUGUCUGUGGGUGUGGAUCCCUCUGCUCAGGGUUUGCUGGAAGGAAUGGGCCUGGAUGGAGACUCUCUCGCUCCCAUGGAGACAGAUGAGCCCACAGCCACUGACCCAAAGACCAAGUCCAAACUCACCCCUGCCAUGGCAACACGCAUCAAACAAAUUAAGCCUCUGCUCUCAGCCUCUUCUCGUUUGGGCAGGGCUCUGGCGGAGCUCUUUGGAUUGCUGGUGAAGCUCUGUGUGGGCUCACCUGUCCGUCAGCGGCGCUCUCACCAUACCACCAGCACAGGCACCGCCCCAACACCAGCGGCUCGGGCCACUGCUUCUUCUCUUACUAAACUUCUCACCAAGGGCUUGAGCUGGCAGCCGCCUCCCUAUACGCCCACACCACGUUUCAGGCUGACUUUCUUUAUCUGCUCUGUGGGCUUCACUUCACCCAUGCUGUUUGAUGAGAGGAAGUAUCCGUACCAUCUGAUGCUGCAGAAGUUCUUCUGUUCUGGUGGCCAUGAUGCUUUGUUUGAGACGUUUAACUGGGCCCUGUCCAUGGGAGGUAAAGUGCCCGUGUCAGAGGGCUUGGAACACUCUGAGCUGCCUGAUGGGACAGGAGAAUUCCUAGACGCCUGGUUGAUGCUAGUAGAGAAGAUGGUGAACCCCAGCACAGUUCUGGACUCCCCACACUCUCUGCCCGCUAAAGUGCCUGGAGCAACACUCAACACGCCACAGUUCAGUGCAUUGCGCUUUCUCAUUGUCACCCAGAAGGCUGCUUUCAGCUGUAUCCGUAACCUGUGGAAUCGUAAGCCCUUGAAGGUAUACGGUGGACGCAUGGCUGAGUCCAUGCUGGCCAUUAUGUGUCACAUCCUACGAGGGGAACCUAUCAUCCAGGAGCGGCUCUCCAAAGAGAGGGAGGGCACUGCUCGGCCUGAGGAGGAGAGCAGUUCCACAAGUGGUGGGGCAGCUAGCGGGCCUUCAGGAACAGGGGGUGUAGUUGGAGAAGGAGUGUCUGGAGGUGCCAAUGGCAGCACUGCUGGAGGCUCUACAGAGGAGGGAAGCAACUCUGCAGCACGCAGAGACCCACAGGUCAACCAGGCUCAGUUGACUCAGCUAAUGGACAUGGGCUUCUCCAGAGAGCAUGCGAUGGAGGCUCUUCUAAACACCAGCACUAUGGAACAGGCCACUGAGUACCUGCUCACACACCCUCCUCCACUGCUCAGCGCAGCUGUCAGGGAGUUCACCAUGUCUGAAGAAGACCAGAUGAUGCGGGCCAUUGCCAUGUCUCUAGGUCAAGAAGUUAGCAUGGAGCAGCGCUCAGACUCACCUGAGGAAGCAGCUCGCCGGCGUGAGGAGGAGGAGAGGAGAGCAAGGGAGCGGGUAGAAGAGGAAGAGGCACGCUGUCUGGAGCGUUUCCUGGAAGCUGAGCCUCUAGACACCACAGAGCUACAUGCGUUCACUGACUCAAUGCUGCCUGGCUGCUUCCACCUGCUGGACGAGCUGCCGGACACAGUCUACCGCCUCUGUGAUCUGCUCAUGACUGCUAUUAAAAGGAACGGCCCUGAGUACAGGGACCUCAUCCUCAGACAGGUGGUCAAUCAGGUGUGGGAGGCUGCUAAUGUGUUGAUAAAGGCUGCAGUGCCGCUAACAACCAGUGACACCAAGACAGUGUCUGAGUGGACGAGACAGAUGGCAACCCUCCCCCAGGCCUCCAACCUGGCCACCCGCAUCCUGCUGCUCACGCUGCUCUUUGAGGAGCUGAAACUCUCAUGUGCUCGGGUGGUGGAGAGCAGUGGUGUCUUGACUGUGCUGAUCAAGCUGUUGGAAGUGGUGCAGCCCUGUCUACAAGCUGCCAAAGAGCAGAAGGACAUCCAAACACCCAAAUGGAUCACCCCUGUUCUCCUGCUUAUUGACUUCUAUGAGAAAAUGGCUGUUUCAUCGAAACGAAGAGCUCAGAUGAAUAAGUACCUGCAGCCCAAUGGGAAUAACUGGCGCUGGUUUGAUGACCGUUCAGGCCGCUGGUGCAGCUACAGCGCGAGUAACAACAGCACCAUUGACUCAGCCUGGAGGGCAGGAGAGACCAGCGUCCGGUUCACUGCAGGCCGUAGAAGAUACACUGUCCAGUUCAACACCAUGGUGCAGGUGAAUGAGGAGACUGGGAACAGACGGCCGGUUAUGUUGACGGUACAGCGGGUGCCACGGAUGCCCAAGACCUCAAAAUCCGGAAGUGUUACUGAUACAGAGAGAGAAGAGAGUGAACAGCGAGCAAAGACUGAAGAGACACAGACUGACACAGAUUCCGGCUCUGUGGCUGUGGAGAUGGCGCCACCUAAAGAAGAGUCGGAGCAGAAGGAAUCAAGCACAGCAGCUCCCGCUACCCUUCAGGACCCCUCUGGUUCCAGCGGUAUUGUUGUACAGGGGCUGACUGAGGACAUGAUUACCAUUUUGAUCCGUGCCUGUGUCAGCAUGAUCAGCGUUCCCGUGGAUCCGGAUACUUUACACGCCACUUUGCGUCUCUGUCUGCGUCUCACACGUACACACCAUUACGCCAUGAUGUUUGCAGAGCUCAAGAGUACUCGUAUGAUCCUGAACCUCACACAGAGCUCAGGGUUCAAUGGCUUCACCCCAUUGGUCACUCUGCUAUUCCGUCACAUCAUAGAAGACCCAGCCACCCUCCGACACACUAUGGAGAAGGUGGUACGGUCUGCCGUCACCAGUGGUGCAGGAAGCACUACUUCAGGUGUGGUGUCAGGUAGUCUGGGCUCCAGGGAGAUCAACUACAUCCUACGUGUCCUCGGCCCAGCAGCUUGUCGCAACCCAGAGUGCUUUACGGAAACUGCCAAGAGCUGUAUCCGAAUUGCUCUCCCGGCCCCAAGAGGUGCUGGCACUGCCUCAGAUGAUGAGUUUGAGAACUUCAGAAUUAAGGGUCCAAAUGCUGUUCAGCUAGUGAAGACGACACCCCUGAAGCUGUCCCCACUGCCCUCCAUACCAGAGACUAUUAAAGAGGUCAUCUAUGACAUGCUGAAUGCCUUAGCAGCAUAUCACGCUCCAGAAGAGGCAGAAAGAGGAGAGGAGCGGGCAGCCGCAGUACCGGGAAGUCAAGACCUGUGUCAAAUCCUGCAGGAUGUCGGUGAUGAUGUCUACCAGCAGUACAGACUUACCAGACAAGGCAGUGAUUUUGAUUCGCAGUCUGCCUUCCACAUCAAUACUCAGGUGUUUGCUGCAGAUGGUGCUGUUGCAGAAUCAUCCCAAUCUGGAACUCCACAGGGAGAAGCCUCUACUCCUGAGGAAAUGCGUGAAGAGAAAAAGGAGCAGGAGGGAGAGAAGGGAGCUUCCUCAGAGGAGAGCCGAGCUGCCAAAGCUAAGGCCAGCAAACCCCUGAUGCCUACUUCUACCAUCCUGAGGCUGCUUGCAGAGCUUGUGCGCUCCUAUGUUGGCAUCGCCACUCUGAUCACCUCUUACAACUACACAGCUGGCCAGUCAGAGCUCAUUAAGGAGGAUUGCAGUGUGCUGGCAUUUGUUUUGGACCACUUGCUCCCACACACCCAGAACUCCGAGGACAAGGACACCCCUGCCCUUGCGCGCCUUUUCCUGGCCAGCCUCGCUGCAGCUGGCACAGGCACUGAUGCCCAGGCAGCCCUGGUCAACGAGGUCAAGGCUGCUUUGAGUCGAGCGUUGGGCAUGGCAGAAGGCACAGAGAAACACGCCCGCUUGCAAGCAGUGAUGUGUAUCAUCAGUACCAUUAUGGAAUCGUGUCCCUCCACCUCAAGCUUUUACAGCACAGCCACAGCCAAGACGCAGCACAACGGCAUGAACAAUAUCAUCCGACUCUUCCUAAAGAAAGGCCUUGUUAAUGACCUUGCCCGUGUGCCUCAUAGCCUUGAUCUAUCCAGUCCUAAUAUGGCAAACACAGUAAAUGCUGCUCUGAAGCCUUUGGAGACGUUGUCGCGAAUUGUGAAUCAGCCUAGCAGUCUGUUUGGGGGUAAAGGUGGAUCCAGCAAGAACAAGACAGAGCAUGACACUGUUGGCACUGUCAGGGACAGCAACAGCAACACCCAAGAUCAAGGGGAGGCAGGUGAGGCAGAACCUGCAGAGAAUCGUGACCGUGGUCAAGCAACAGAUGCUGACCUGAUGGAUGGAGAAACCGAGGGUGACACCGUGGUCAUUGCUGGACAGCCUGAGGUGCUAAGCACUCAGGCCAUGCAGGUGGAGAAUGAGUUGGUGGAUUUGAUCGAUGAACUUUUAGAAAGAGAUGCAGGAACUGUUAAUAGCACCAUCAUUGUGGGUCGCUCUGCAGAGGACGAGUCUCAAGAGGACGUGCUGAUGGAUGAAGCUCCUUCCAAUAUGAGUCAGGCCUCCACUCUCCAAGCCAACAGAGAGGACUCUAUGAACAUCCUUGAGCCAGAAGAUGAAGAGCACACACAGGAGGAAGACUCCAGUGGCAGUAACGAGGAUGAGGAUAGUCAAGAUGAGGAGGAGGAGGAGGAGGAAGAGGAGGAGGAGGAUCAGGAUGAUGAGGAGGGAGAUGAGGAUGAUGAUGAUGAAGGUUCAGAAAUGGAACUGGAUGAAGAUUUUCCUGAUAUCAAUGCUGCUCCACACAUUCGUUUCGAGAGAUUUGACCGAGACGAUGACCUCAUCAUUGAGUUUGAUAACAUGUUCUCCACAUCUGCUGACAUCCCUCCCUCACCAGGAAAUAUCCCCAGCUCCCACCCUCUGAUGGUGCGUCACGCAGACCAUGGCUCACUGACUCUGGGGGGAUCAGGCACCAGCAGCAGAUUGGCUCAGGGCAUGGGACGCAGCCAACGCUCUCUUCGCCAGCUCACAGCCAACACAGGUCACACGGUCCAUGUACAUUACCCUGGUAACCGGCAGCCCAACCCACCUCUCAUCUUGCAGAGAUUAUUGGGCCCCAGUGCUGCAGCUGAUAUCUUGCAGCUGUCAAGCUCUCUGCCUCUGCAGUCUCGUGGUCGUGCACGUUUACUGGUGGGUAACGAGGACGUGCACAUUAUUGCCCGUUCGGACGAUGAGCUACUGGAUGACUUCUUCCAUGAGCAGAGUAGCACUGGAGGACAAGCUGGCACCCUUUCAAGCAUUCCGACCGCUUUAACCAGAUGGACGGAUGAGUGUAAAGUCCUGGAUGCCGAGAGCAUGCAUGACUGUGUGGCAGUGGUGAAGGUCCCCAUACUGCAGCACCUGGAGAGCUUGCGUGAUGAGGAGCUGGAGGAGCGCAGGGAGAAGAGGAGACGACAGUUGGCAGAGGAAGAGGAGACAGCCAAACAGAAUGAGAGUUCUGCAGCUGGAGAGGAGACCCGGGAACAGAGCCUACAGGGCUCUGGGCUUGGAACAGUCAAUGGAGCUGGAGAGAAUGCUGCAGAAGGAGAACAGGCCCAGAGUGGAGUGUCGUCCUGCCUGGACCCUCCUCGCACCUCUGAGGGUUUCCUCACAGCGCCCCCAUCAGGAGAAGUCACUCCAACCACCCCUGCCCCGCACGAGCAAGCCCUCGUGUCUCUGGAAACAGCCAUCAGUCAGCAAGUGCACCAGCCAAUCACGGAGCUGCUGCUGGCUGACUCCAAUCCUGACUCUCACGGAGCCUUGGCAGGGGCGGGGCUUCCCCAGCUCUCAGCACCUGAUAGGCCGAAUUGUGAGGCAGAAGCAUCUCAGAUGGAGAUGUCACCUGCACCCACUAUUGGUGAGAGAGGAGGAGGAGGAGCAUUGGAUGCAGUCAGGGAAGCUUCUCUCAGUCCAGAUAUAGCUGAAAGUUCGGAGCCUGUGCCAGUGGGUGUGUCUCAGCUUGAGGGUUCUCCCAUGGAUACAAGCAGUCCGGCCUCAGGAACGCAAGAAGAGCCAGCUGCUAGCUCCGCUCCACCCAAUCACAUGUCUCAGGAACUGUCAGGAAGUGGCGACAGUGGCCUCACAGACAGGCAAACAGAUGCAGAAACAGGCUCAACUUCUGUUUCAUCUCCUGGUGAAACCAUGCCUCGGAGUGACAGUGCAGAUAGCCAAUCGCAGGCAAUCCAGGAGGAGCCCCUCCCAUCCACCAGCAAUGAAGAGGAUGACCCUCUGGCAGGCAUCAGUCUGCCAGAAGGUGUGGACCCAUCUUUCUUGGCAGCGCUGCCUGAAGACAUCCGUCGGGAGGUGCUGCAGAACCAGCUGGGAAUCAGACCUCCUUCUCGGCCUCCUGUCGCCUCCACGUUGGCAACGUCAGCUAGCACUGUGCUGGGAGGAGGGCCAGGGGUUACUGAGGUCAGCCCAGAAUUCCUAGCUGCUCUCCCACCGGCAAUUCAGGAAGAGGUCUUGGCCCAGCAACGGGCGGAGCAGCAGCGUCGAGAGUUAUCCCAGCAACCCCCACAGGGCGAUCAACCUCUGGACCCUGUCACUUUCAUCCAGACCCUACCCUCUGAGUUGCGGCGAUCCGUUCUGGAGGACAUGGAGGAUAGCGUGCUGGCGGUCAUGCCCCCAGAUAUUGCAGCAGAAGCUGCAGCACUGCGGAGGGAACAGGAGGCCAGGCAGAGACAGCUAAUGCAUGAGAGGUUGUUCGGUCACAGUUCUUCCUCAGCCCUGUCUGCCAUCCCACGCCGCCUGCCUUCACAAGCCGCCUCGGUGGCAACCGUGGGGUACAAUACACUCGAUUGGCUGUGCAAAGAGGAGGGACAUUUCAAAUGGGAGGGAGUGCCAAUCACAGCCGUACCAUGGGGCUCUGGGCUUGGAACAGUCAAUGGAGCUGGAGAGAAUGCUGCAGAAGGAGAACAGGCCCAGAGUGGAGUGUCGUCCUGCCUGGACCCUCCUCGCACCUCUGAGGGUUUCCUCACAGCGCCCCCAUCAGGAGAAGUCACUCCAACCACCCCUGCCCCGCACGAGCAAGCCCUCGUGUCUCUGGAAACAGCCAUCAGUCAGCAAGUGCACCAGCCAAUCACGGAGCUGCUGCUGGCUGACUCCAAUCCUGACUCUCACGGAGCCUUGGCAGGGGCGGGGCUUCCCCAGCUCUCAGCACCUGAUAGGCCGAAUUGUGAGGCAGAAGCAUCUCAGAUGGAGAUGUCACCUGCACCCACUAUUGGUGAGAGAGGAGGAGGAGGAGCAUUGGAUGCAGUCAGGGAAGCUUCUCUCAGUCCAGAUAUAGCUGAAAGUUCGGAGCCUGUGCCAGUGGGUGUGUCUCAGCUUGAGGGUUCUCCCAUGGAUACAAGCAGUCCGGCCUCAGGAACGCAAGAAGAGCCAGCUGCUAGCUCCGCUCCACCCAAUCACAUGUCUCAGGAACUGUCAGGAAGUGGCGACAGUGGCCUCACAGACAGGCAAACAGAUGCAGAAACAGGCUCAACUUCUGUUUCAUCUCCUGGUGAAACCAUGCCUCGGAGUGACAGUGCAGAUAGCCAAUCGCAGGCAAUCCAGGAGGAGCCCCUCCCAUCCACCAGCAAUGAAGAGGAUGACCCUCUGGCAGGCAUCAGUCUGCCAGAAGGUGUGGACCCAUCUUUCUUGGCAGCGCUGCCUGAAGACAUCCGUCGGGAGGUGCUGCAGAACCAGCUGGGAAUCAGACCUCCUUCUCGGCCUCCUGUCGCCUCCACGUUGGCAACGUCAGCUAGCACUGUGCUGGGAGGAGGGCCAGGGGUUACUGAGGUCAGCCCAGAAUUCCUAGCUGCUCUCCCACCGGCAAUUCAGGAAGAGGUCUUGGCCCAGCAACGGGCGGAGCAGCAGCGUCGAGAGUUAUCCCAGCAACCCCCACAGGGCGAUCAACCUCUGGACCCUGUCACUUUCAUCCAGACCCUACCCUCUGAGUUGCGGCGAUCCGUUCUGGAGGACAUGGAGGAUAGCGUGCUGGCGGUCAUGCCCCCAGAUAUUGCAGCAGAAGCUGCAGCACUGCGGAGGGAACAGGAGGCCAGGCAGAGACAGCUAAUGCAUGAGAGGUUGUUCGGUCACAGUUCUUCCUCAGCCCUGUCUGCCAUCCUACGCUCGCCUGCCUUCACAAGCCGCCUCGGUGGCAACCGUGGGGUACAAUACACUCGAUUGGCUGUGCAAAGAGGAGGGACAUUUCAAAUGGGAGGGAGUGCCAAUCACAGCCGGCCCUCUAGCUCUAACGUUGAUUCUCUUCUGCGUCUGCGGGGGCGUCUCCUGUUGGACCAUGAGGCCUUGUCCUGCCUUCUAGUGCUGCUUUUUGUGGACGAGCCCAAGCUCAAUACCAGCCGCCUUCACCGAGUGCUGCGUAACUUGUGUUACCACUCUCAGACACGUGGCUGGGUCAUCCGCAGCCUCUUGUCUAUCCUUCAGCGUAGCAGCGAGAGCGAGCUCUGUCUGGAGACUGCACGCCUGGAGGAGUCCCGUGGCAAGCGCUCACUAGGCCAGGGCUCAUCCAGUGGAGGAAAGGGUUCCUCUUCAUCCCCGCAGGCCGCUGUAUCCUCUUCGUCAUCGUCCUCCUCGUCAUCUUCCUCUCUGGAGCUGUUGAACAGAGUGGAGUCGCGUAGUUCCAGUCAGCUCUCCUGGCUGUCUGUUUCAAUGGAUGCGGCCUUGGGAUGCAGGACCAACAUCUUUCAGAUCCAGCGGGCAUCGGGCAGAAAACACGCGGAGAAGCAUUCAGCAGGAGGGGGCAUGAGCUCGGGAGGGCUCGGAGGUGGAGUUUCAGGAACGGGAGUAACAUGUGCAGGGGGAGGAGGUGGAUCAACUGUUCACAUCCACCCACAGGCUGCUCCAGUUGUAUGUCGACAUGUACUGGAUACCCUCAUCCAACUGGCCAAGGUAUUUCCCAGUCACUUCACUCAGCAGCGCUGUAAAGAUCCCCUGUCGUCAUCCUCAUCAGAGUUGGACACUCGUCUUUGUGCCAGCUCAACACCGACUCCCAGUGGAAGUUGUCGGUCAGGUAGCACCAGCCAGAGCAACUCCUCAACUACCCUGAGUAAUCCCACCUCUACCCACAAUUCCCUGAGCGCCUGCACAGUUACACCACAGUCCCUGGGCAUCUCCACUGAUUUCUGGGAUCUCCUGGUCAAGCUGGACAACAUGAAUGUGAGCCGUAAAGGCAAGGCCUCCAUGAAGACUGUGCCUCUAGGGGGUGCUGGUGAGACAGAGGGGACUCUGUUGAGCCUUGAGGCUUCUCCACUGGGCCAGCUGAUGAACAUGCUCUCCCACCCAGUGAUCCGCCGUAGUUCCCUUCUUACUGAGAAACUGCUCCGUCUGCUCUCUUUGAUCUCCAUCGCUCUGCCUGACAACAAGGCCACGGAGGUUCCAGCCAGCCACCCAGUGCCUCAGGCCCCAACUGCCACACCCUCUGCACCUGCACCUGCCACUCAAAACACAGCGGGGUCAGGGACUAUCUCAGUGGUGGCAGGUACGGGCACCACGCAGGGCUCAGUGGCCCCGACGCCCUCUCAACCAGCCACCACGGUAUCUGUUGCUACAAGCAGCACCACCACCUCCGGUAGUAUUGCUGCUGGAAAACAGAAGCCAGCAGUGAGCAGCACAGACAUAGAAACCAAACUGGCCUCUACUGGACUAACAGAGAAACAGCUGCAGCUCUCUGUGGAGGUGCUGACAUCCCACUCGUGUUCAGAGGAAGGUCUGGAGGACGCGGCCAACAUCCUGCUGCAGCUGUCCAGAGGGGAUGCACCGACCCGAGACACUGUAUUGAGACUUCUACUCAGCGGGGCACGUCAGCUCGGAUACACACUCUGCAAACAAAUCGGCACUUUACUGGCGGAGUUGAGGGAGUAUAACCUGGAGCAGCAGAGAAGAGCACGUGCUGAUGCUCAGUCUCCUGAAGCUUCUCAUGAGGACCCAUCCAUCACCACACGCCUAAAGGGCAAGAUGACCAGCAGAUUUGAUGGGUCAGAGAGUGUGGUGAUCGUGGCAGCUCAGAAGCGCACGUUAGGUGGUCGUGAGCUGCAGCUGCCCUGCAUGAGCUCACUCACAUCCAAGACCUCCACACAGAAGUUUUUCCUGCGCGUGCUGCAGGUCAUCAUCCAGCUUAGAGAAGACACACGGCGCGCUAACAAGAAAGCUAAGCAGACAGGAGGAAGACUGAGUUCGACCAGUCUGGGCUCGGCCAGCAGUAUCCAGGCUGCGGUCCGUCAGUUAGAGGCUGAAGCAGACGCCAUCAUUCAGAUGGUGAGAGAGGGGCAGAGGGCACGCCGUCUACAGCAGGCCCCCCCACCCUCUUCAUCUGCAUCCUCUUCCGCUGCUGCUGCUGCAUCCGCAUCUGCUGCUGUGGCUGUGGCUGUGGCUGGAUCGUCCACCCCCAGUACCUCUGCAACCAACAACCCCCCCGCUGGCACGGCCAGCGCAGCCACGUCGGAGGUGCACUCUGUUGCCGAGCCCCCAUCAGCUCAAAGAGAUGAUUCACCCAUGGAUGUGGACCAGCCCUCACCCCUAGAGCAGGACCAGGCAGCAUUAGGUGAAGAGAGCAGCAGUCAGCAGGAACAAGAGGAGCGUUUGCCUGACCUGCCACUGUUGAGUGAGCAGCUGUUGCUGGAUGAGCUAUGGGAUAUGCUAGGGGAGUGUCUGAAAGAGCUUGAGGAGUCUCAUGACCAACAUGCCGUUUUAGUGCUACAACCUGCAGUGGAGGCCUUUUUCCUGGUGCACGCCACUGAGCGGGAAAGCAAACCUCCGGUUCGAGACACUCGAGAGAGCCAGCUGUCACACAUCAAGGACGAGCCACCCCCCCUGUCCCCCGCACCACUUACUCCUGCCACCCCCUCUUCUCUGGACCCCUUCUUUUCCAGGGAGCCCUCCUCUAUGCACAUCUCCUCCAACCUGCCUCCAGACACACAGAAGUUCCUGCGUUUCGCAGAGACCCACCGCACAGUGCUGAAUCAGAUCCUGCGACAGUCCACCACUCAUCUGGCAGAUGGGCCAUUCGCCGUUUUGGUUGACUACAUCCGUAUCUUGGACUUUGAUGUCAAGCGCAAGUAUUUCCGUCAGGAGUUGGAGCGUCUUGAUGAGGGCCUGAGGAAAGAGGAUAUGGCCGUCCAUGUGAGGAGAGACCAUGUCUUUGAAGAUUCUUACAGAGAGCUGCACCGCAAAAGCCCAGAGGACAUGAAGAACAGACUGUAUAUCGUCUUUGAAGGAGAGGAGGGUCAGGAUGCAGGUGGCCUGUUAAGGGAAUGGUACAUGAUCAUCUCCAGAGAAAUGUUCAAUCCUAUGUACGCCCUGUUCCGCACUUCUCCUGGCGACCGGGUCACCUACACCAUCAACCCAUCCUCCCACUGCAACCCCAACCAUCUCAGCUACUUCAAGUUUGUGGGACGUGUGGUGGCUAAAGCGGUCUAUGACAACAGGCUAUUAGAGUGUUACUUCACACGCAGCUUCUACAAGCACAUCCUGGGCAAGAGCGUCAGGUAUACAGACAUGGAAAGCGAAGACUAUCCCUUCUUCCAGGGUCUGGUCUACUUGUUGGAGAAUGACGUGUCCACUCUGGGCUACGAGCUGACAUUCAGCACAGAGGUCCAAGAGUUUGGCGUAUGUGAAGUGAGAGAUCUGAAGGCCAAUGGUGCAAACAUUAUUGUCACAGAGGAGAAUAAGAAAGAAUAUGUGCAUCUGGUCUGCCAGAUGAAGAUGACAGGUGCAAUCCGUAAGCAGCUGGCUGCCUUCUUAGAGGGCUUUUAUGAGAUCAUCCCCAAGAGACUGAUCUCCAUCUUCACUGAGCAAGAGCUAGAGCUGCUCAUCUCCGGCCUGCCCACCAUCGACAUUGACGACCUCAAGGCCAAUACAGAAUACCACAAAUAUCAAUCCAGUUCUAUUCAGAUCCAGUGGUUCUGGCGUGCAUUACGAUCCUUUGACCAGGCUGACCGGGCAAAAUUCCUGCAGUUUGUUACAGGCACAUCUAAAGUGCCACUGCAGGGCUUUGCUGCAUUGGAGGGAAUGAAUGGCAUCCAGAAGUUCCAGAUCCACAGAGACGACCGCUCCACUGACCGCCUGCCCUCUGCGCACACUUGCUUUAACCAGUUGGACCUCCCAGCGUAUGAGAGCUACGAGAAGUUAAGACACAUGCUGCUGCUGGCCAUUCAGGAAUGUUCUGAAGGCUUUGGACUGGCCUAAAGACUCCUAAACCUGCACACAGACACACACACAGAGAUAUGUAGACUUACAUGUUGUUAACUUAUGACACACAUGCAUAUUCACACUAUCAUACAUACGGCCAAGACCUACUUCUAAUCCACAUAAAACAAACAGAUGGACGGCUAAACGAGUGACAGAGAUGUAUUGACAUUGCCUACUACACACAGAGCCUCUCAUUGACACACCGAACUGUAUUUGGUAUAUGUGUGUGUCUCACUUCCCUAUUAAAAUUACAGAGCCCGAGAGAGGAUCACAAAGGAUAUCUGCGGACUAAUAUAAAAGACAUUUUCUCCAUUUAGUUUGGUUUCUCUGUACAAAAGGUUUGGGAGUUUAUUAUGUUUAAUCUUUUUUGUUCUUCUCUGGCUGUUAAAAAAAAAAAGAGAGGGCUGUUUUGUGUGUAAAGAGGAUGGUUGUAACCCUCUGGCGGGGGGGAAAAAAAGUUGAUUGUCCUCUGUUGCUAAUGUGUGACCUCACUAGCUUUGCAAAUGGGAACUUUAAUUUGGGGGAGGGGAAGUCAUGGACAAGGGCGGGAGGGCGAGAACAUGGAGUGAGGUUUUGGUGAAAUUGCAGACAUGCAGGGAUUUUCAGAACGGGGACAUUUUUAGGCAACUUUUGUGGUAUUUUUGGAGAGGAACACAGAUUUGAGAAGUGAAGGACUGAGACAUUGAACCGCGGGUGCUCAGACACAUGCGGUUAUUACCCAACUGCUGAUGCAGCCUCUCAGCAGCUAAUCAGAACGUAAAUUGCUACAUAAAUAAAUGCAUAAAAUGAGCCCACUGUGUCCUCUAGAGUUGUUUCAAUGUAUGCCUUACACAUUUGCACUAACAGGAGCAAAUAUCAUUUAUAUGUUAAGAAAUAUACUGAUGGAGGUCCAUGGAAACUAACUUGACACAUGCUGUGGGGUCCAAGUAUUAAAAGCUCUAUUCUUCAUCCUGA